GCCACUAUUGUGUCAGAAGUGCGAGUCGCUAGAUGUGCGUGUGCAAAAUUUUUUACUUAUAAUAAUUUUUAAUGUUUAAUUUACUUAUUAAGUGUCGAUAACAAAUAUUAGUAUUUAGUUAAAUACCAGUUACGAUUAUACUUUUAGUGUACUUAAAAAUAAGUGGUGUUGACUCAGUGACGUUUAGUGUAAAAUUGUGAUUUUCACCAUGAGUAAAUCAAAUCCGUUGGCUGGUUUGAUAGCUAAUUACGGGGAUUCUGAUGAAGAAUCUGAUGAUGGAAUGCAGGCGCCUCCCUUACCACCGGAGCCCGAUAUAAGGAAAUCUUACAAUGCACCUUUGGCAGGACACACGUAUCCAAACACAGCUGUGAAUGCUUCGGGUGCUGUGCACCCGGCCCCUAUACCUCAUUGCCCAUGGUCGGCAUGCUAUGAUGAGUCAAGUGGCUUCACAUACUACUGGAACCAGCAAACGAACGCAGUGACGUGGGAAGCACCUCCGGAGUACCUGCUGGCUUUGAAGCUGGCACAACAGCAACUGCAUGUUGCAGGUACAACAGAAGUAUCUGCAGAAGAGUGGCAGCUCUAUCAACAGGCCUUAGCCGAGAAACAAAAUAUGCAGAACAAUAAGACAGUUGCAAAGUCUUCCAUCACCAAGCCGCAAAAGAAAGCUGAGAAGAACAUUGUUGGCAACAGAGACACUAGUAAUAAGAAUAGGAAAAGGAACCACAGUGAUGAUGAAGAGGAAAAAAUAGAACUUAUAACAUCAUACCACAAUUCGGACUCCGAAUCCAAUGAUGAGGGAGAUACUCCAACUAAACCUGUAGUUCCUAAAAAUAAAACGAAUGUCCACAAAAAAGCUAAAGUAAAGCCCAUCGAAUAUGGACCUGCCUUACCUCCUGCAAACUACACAGUGCCAAUUGGACCUGAACUGCCUCCGGAAUUGAUGCAAAAUGGAACCAAAUCUCCUGGCGAUAAGAUUGAUAAUGUAGUGACAAAAUCGGAUAAGAAAACUGAUGAUGAUAGUCAAGAUGAAAGCACACUAUUCUUAAAACUCAAGAGUCAAGCCAAAAUAUUAGAGAAAUUGGGUGGCGAAUUACCAAAAGACUUGAAAAAAAUUAUAAACGAUGAUCCUAGAUCUGGUAGCAACACACCAAAAAGAGAUGAAAUCAGUACUAAACCUAGUGCUAACAUUGAUGAUUUGCUAGAAGAAAUUGAGAAAAAGGAAUUGCCUAAGGUCUCUAAAUUAAAGAAUAAUGAUGAAGGUAAAUUAAAUGGAACAAUAAGUGCUAAGAACUCCCCAAAAAGAGAAGUGACACCUCCAGUCGUUGAAGUAAAGCCUCUGUUCCCUAGUGCUAGCGCCAGACAUUUAGACGAGGCUCCUGCAACACCACCAUCACUUCCCCCAACUCCUCCACUUAAUGAAAUAGAAAAUGAAGACGUAAGAAUAGAAGCAACGGAAAAGAAAGGUGUCAAUUUAUACCUCAUGGACAUAGAAGAGAGGAGAGAAAAUGUUGGCAAGAAAAAGCUAAGAAUAUCGAAUUCCGUGCUACCAGACCGCAAGAAAACCGAGGAGCCGGCUUACACAACGAAGUAUUCACAAGUCAUUGAAGGUUUCUCUGGAGAAAGAACUGGACUAGGUUUCAGUAAAGAAGAUGAAGAUCAUGGAAGUCCAAAGAACACCAUUAACUAUGGCAACGGUUUAAUGUUUACCAAAGGAGAAACAUUAAAUGAAGAUAAGAAAGAUGAGGAUCUAGAUGAUCUGACUGAUUUAGUGGAAGCUAAGCUCAAGUACUUAAAUCAAGUGCAGCCGUGUGUGCUGACACCGGUGCAGGAGAUGUUGAUACAGAUGCAGACGCUGGUAUCAGCAUUCCGCGCGGGCGCGCUGUCCGUGGGGUACUGGCGGCGCUGGGCCGAGGGCGCGGCCGCUGGGCUGGCGGCGCACGAGGCGCGCGCGGCGCCGCCCGGCUGGACCACCACCUUCCAGAGGUACUACACAGCCCACACAGCCCACACUCCACGCGGCCCCCGCGCCCCAUGCCACGCAUCUCUCGAACCUUAUAUGAACAGGGAUUUAGAUCACUUACCUUGUGUCUGCGUAAAUUAGCGUUUAAGCCCAUCCCAAACUAAAUCAUUAGUUUACUAGGGUUAAAAAUGCUCGGGGGCUCCGGAGCAGGUCUCUUGUAGAGGACCCGGU